AUGGAUUGUACUUAUCGCGUGAUGGAUGUCGGAAGAGACGUUGAAGCCCAGGAUGACUUGCUAGACGAAUGUCAGUCGCAAGCAAAAGGACUCGCUAGCCAGGCGGAGAGAUCACUGAGCUCGAGUGAAGAGAUUCUGGCGCAGACACAAACCAAGGCCAGCGCCAAGGAAGAGGAAAUUCGUACCAAGACUCGCCAGGCGACUGAGAAGAGGACUAGAAAAGCACAGCUUGAUCGUGAGAUAUCGCAGAAGAACGGCCAAAUUGCAGAGACACACAGACGACGAGAGAGCAAGAAGGAAUCAGCAGGCGUAGGACUGAUGUUGACCGGCAUCGGCCUCAUGGCUGCACCUUUCACUGCAGGGGCAUCACUAGGACUGGCAGCAGCUGGCGCCGGAUUUGCAGGUUACAAGGGAAUUCGUGUAUCGGAUCUAAAAGACGAGAUUGUCGCCCUUCAAUCCAAGGUGUCCAGUUUGAAUAGCGAGAUAUCCCAAGACCAGCAAGCAAUCUCCAACCUCGAGAGGGAGCAGCGCAACCUGCAAGACCUAGUCUCGCAGUACCAGCGCGAUAUCUCAUCCCGUAGAUCAACGCAUCAACUCUACCAGAAGCAAAUCUCAGAGGCUAACCGGGUAGAGAACGACAUCACAACGCUUAAAGGUGUCGCAGAAGCUACCAUUUCCAACAUCAACGAUGUCAACUCGCAGUUACAGGAUGUAAAAGAGUGCUUGGACGAAUGUAGCUCUCUCUUACAGGCCAAGUCAGUUGACUUGUCGACCUCGACGUCUUCUGUUGAUUGGAUCAUUGGUGCGGUCGGUAGGUGCACUAGAACCUUUCGCGCAAAGGAAUUUGAGAGGCAGCAAAUGCUCAUGCAGCAGGUUUCUGAGGUGCUUGAGAAGAUUGAAAAGGAUGGCCAGCUACUACUUUCGAGCCAGGACAUGGCGUUCCUAGAUAUAAAGCCAUGGGAAGCUGCUACAGGAUUAAUCGUGGAAGAUAAGGAGAGAAUUCCUGAAUUAUGUUAUUUUAAGUAG